UACGACAAAGGUAGACAUUGAGGAGACACCAGCGGCUCCAGUAACAUACUCAGCCAACAUACCGACAUAAGGUUAUUGAACAACGAGCAAUAGUGCUUUGUUCUGCUCGACCCCUCCUCCCCACCAACCACCCCCCCCACGAACGCCGCUCUAUAGCGUGCAAGCGAGCCAAUCAGAACAAGUUACAGUACGCUACAUCCUGAUUUCUCAGAGUUACGAAAUCACCAAUACCUUGGAAAAGUUAUUUUUCAGUCAGUGAUCAAAUAUAUCGGUGAAUCUGAGGUGGAAAAGUUGAUGAGGAGAAGAGAGUGAGUUGAGCAGCAAGGAGGCACAAGACCCGAGUGUAUGAGGUAAUAGGGAGUGUGAGGGUGUGUGGGUGUGUGUGUGUGAGUGUGUGGAGCAGAGAGGGAGAGAACGGCGUGCGUGUGAGAGAGAGAGUAAGGAAACAAGAAGGAGGCACCAAGAGGGCAAGAAAAGCCUCUCAAGGUAACGAGUGUUGCCACAGACGAGCAGAAGAUAGUGUGAAGAGCCUCACAUCCGUCACACCCACCAUGAAUCCUGCCAACAUCCAGCCCACAUUCAUGGGCUUCUACAACAGCGUGGCGACUUGCUUCAGGAAGUACACAGCGCCUCUGGGCACGCGCCGGAAGGAGAGUGGCAGUGGGGAAGGCAGCGAGGCUAGUGCCCCUGGAGAACAGGAUCCCCUGGCCCUCAAUGUCGGCCAGGAAGAGGCACAGCAGCAGCAGCAGCAGCAGCUCCUCCAGCAGCAGGAACCGGAGGAGCCAGAGCUGCCCAGCGAGCCAGAGUUGCCGCCAGAUGUCCUCCACAAACACGACGAAAAUAUUGUCUUCAAGAUCUUGACACAAGAGUACAGCGACGCGGCAGUCGACCUUCUGUGCAACCACUUCUUCAAGGACGAGCCCCUGGGGAAGGCGCUCUACCUCGACAGCCCGAGGGAGGUCGACCACUGGCUCUCCAAAGUCCUGCCUCAUAUGAUCAGCCACGGGGUGUCGGUAAUGGCGAUAGACGAGACGGCUAAUGGGCGGCUGGUGGGCGUAGCCAUUAACAGCAUUAAGAGGCGCGGCGACGCUCCUGGACCGGACGACUUCUUGGCCUGGAUCGACCCCCACAAGGACCCCAAGAUGUACAAGAUUAUCUCCUUCCUCACACAACUAGCCAGCGACAUUGACUUUUUCGGCCAAUACAGCGUUGACAAGUUCCUCAACUUCGAGCUGCUGAAUGUGGACAAGACGUACGGAGGCCGCGGGAUCGCCUCCAUGCUGGUCCAACAGAGCUGCAACGUGGCCCGCACUCAAGGCUUCACCUGCCUCGUCACAGAGACCACAGGCAUCUUCUCGGCCAAGAUCUUCGCUCGACACGCCUUCAAGACCAUCCGGGAGGUCCAGUACUCCCAGUUCCGACAGAACGGACGCAUCGCCUUCCCCAACACCGGCAUCCAUACGUCGGCUCGCGUCUCCGUCAAAAUUCUAGAGCCUCUCCAGCCUAACAGCUGUUAGGUCACUAACAGCCUCCCCCGUCGCCCGAGCAGCUUCGACGCCCACGCCCCGAGGUCAACACAGCGGCUUGUCCAAUAGUAAUCGGUGAAAAAGGUCAGGUACCCUUUCACUCUCACCAGCUGGGUAUUUCGACAUCACUGCUGACUGGCCCAAUGCCCCACCGGAAUGCAUUCGACCAAUCACUGGCAGCAAACCAAUACCCAACUCAUUCUAAGUCUAAGGGAUACUUAUAAGCCAAGGAGAUUAAGUAUUAAGUCACAGGCAUACUUAAAUACUACAAACUGAAGGCCAUUUUCCUCCCUACAACUCAUCAGAAGCCAUCAACUCGUCGCCUGCUGGUCGUACUCAUGUGUUUGGUGAUGGUGGACAUCUUAGGUGCUCUGGAAGGAAUAUGAAGUGCCGCUGGGCGGGAGGCUCGAGGCCAGACAUGCAAAUCAAGCCUUAAGUAUUAACAAUGCAUCAUCAUUGGCUUCCCACACACACACACCAGUUUCACCACUGGGUGUAUUCUAGAGAAAUGUAAGGAAUAUUAUUAAUAAGUUCACAUCAUAUAACCUGCUUUAAUACCCCCUCUAACUCCUCCUGAGAAACAAACACACACACCAAACACACACACGCACACACACACACACACACACACACACACACACACACACACACACACACACACACACACACACACACACACACACGAGUUACACAAACAACUCCCGACCCCCGCCACACACGCACACG